UGAGAUGAUUCUGCUUUUGAUAAUAUAAUUAGCUCUAAACGGUCGCUAGGAGUGCCUAGCGGGCCAUGGAAGUGGGCAAUUUUAAACUGUUUCGUUAACGUUUAAGCUUUAAGAAAAUGAGUCUUGGACAAAAUGGUUUAAACAAACACCAUUCCAUUCGACGACGUCAUAUUAAGCCGUUUCGCUUUUAUUUUGCAGCCGACACUGACAACGGGAAACAAGGGGGGUGGGAUUGAAAACUCGAUAGGCGUCUUUCCCACACCAAUGCCCUAGACGCGAAAGUUGAAAACCCGUCCCUACAACGGCCGUCGUAUGGGUGGUUGAGUUGUGCGGCUCCAAGCAACCAUUUUUCUUUAGAUUCGCACCCCGCUGUUUUUACUAUUUUAUUUAGAACUAUCUUUUAACAUGUGAAAUCAAUUAAAGCAGAAACCAUAAAGGGGUACCACCGGAGUGAAUUUUAGGGUUUCCCAAUAAUAGACCACUGGAUAAAUUGCAUGCUUUCGAACAGCAAAACAGGCGACAAGAGCGUUUUGCUUGAGGAAAUGACUACCACAAAUCAGAGGGAGGUGAGCACGAGCGGUGGCAGUGCAGGAGGUUUGGGCUCCGCCGCGGACGCGUCCCCUUUGAUCGCGGGUAGUAGCUCCUGCCCUCCCCAUGGUAGCAACAGCGGGAGCUCCGUGCAGAAGAUCGCCGCAAGCGGCAUAGGCUUGGGCAGCACUCAGAGAGCAUUUGACGCCACCAAGCGCAAGAAACUGAAGUCCCGCAACGCAGAGGCUUCGCCUUCAAUCUCAAAAGCCGAAGCAACGGUGGUCUCACCGGGCCAAAACCAUUCCAGUAAAGCAAACAGAUCCGAUCCUAGCUACUCCAAGGACCACCUCGAUGCCUGGCUGGAGAACUGCCUACGCGAUGCCUCCAACGCCCAACUGUCAUCUUCGUCCGAGUUUUUGGACUUUAUUCCACCCACGGCAGCAACUCAUAAGCAAAUGUUCAUGAGUCAACAUCAGCAGCAGCAGCAGCAGCUGAAACAACAACCACAGCACCAGAAACAACAGGAGUUUUUGAAGCGUUCACAGCCAUACGGAAUGGUCCCUGGCACACCCUUCAGCUUGGGGAUUCAGCGCCACUCGCACUCGCUCAGCCACCGAUAUCCGAUGCUGUUCCCACCCCAGAACCUCAAUGGCUACGGCAUGGGCUACGGGGGCGAUGGUGGCCAGGAGUUUGCAAGCUUGCCGCCACUGGUCAACAUGAUGGGCGGGGCAGGAGGUACUGGGUCCGAGCACGAGCCCAAUUCCACAGACGUGCUGGAUGGGAGCGGGAGCAACCCUAACUUCAGCAGGGGGUUUCGAUUUAGCGAUCCGUGCCUUCUUAACCCCUCCGACAACGACUCGAAGCUGAGUGGCCAGAACACCCCUGAGUGCCGGAAUGGGAACAACAACGGCAGCGGCUGUGAAUUGGCUCAGCAAAACAAAUUUUUUGCGGCGCUCAUGGAACAAAUAAACAUAUUGCAUGACACCAACUCCAAGAUCUGUCGCAAUCUGCAUGAAACAAAAGUUGAUAUCGAAGCUUUAAAGCACGCUCCCACUGGCCAGCUCUGGGCGGGGGUUGGCUCGGGGGGCAUGCGGCACCGUAGAGAUAGCUUGAGCGGACUGAGCACACAAAGUCAGCCUCUGGUGUUUGGCGGUGGCCUGGGCGGGACCCACAGCCCAGCGCCCACCUUUCACUCAGGCGCCUACACCCCAGGAAUGAUGACCGACGUGGUGCGGGAGGUGAAAGAGGCCGCUCGCGUGCGGGAGGAUGCCCUGCUCAGUCGAGUCAAAUCAAUGGUUGAGGAGCGGCAAUGGUCCUUGAACGAAGGAAAUGUACGAAUUCUGCGGGAUAUAGAUGAGCUGAAGUCCCACGUAAUGCAGUUGCGACUGGAGAAGAAGGAAACGAACAAGAGACUCUCACACCUGGAGGCCGAAAAUAAAUACCUUCGUCAGGCUCUAGCUGGAUGCAUAAACCAGCGGCAAUCCUAUCACGACAUUAUCUACGAAAACGACCGUGCCCGUGGAUCCCGAAAGCCAUUUCCAAACGGCGGUGGUGGCGGAUUAGUAGGGUCCGGAGCGCUGGGAGUCCGACGAGCGCAGUCCUUCAACCUGCACUAUGGAACGAUGCACCAGACGCCGCACCAAGCAACCCACUCACUAGAAGAGGACGAUGAAAUAGAGGAGGAGUUUCUGGAGCAGGCCGGUCUGGACGGCGAUGAGCAAUCAAUGUCCGCCAACAAGAGGCUGUCCUGCUCGAGCAGCGAGUCCCGCGGCAACGGCGUGCAGACCCCCUCAACCUCAACCCAACACUCGCUGGCAGCCAAAACGGCACAGCAAGCAGCUCGGAGCCCUCCAGUGUUUGCGCUAGUUUCGGAUAAUACUAACCCGGGGCUUCCUCCGCCACUGCUGCCGCGCAAAAAGGAGCAUGCUCAGCUUAAACGGGAGCUAAGCGAUGCAGCCGCCGCACGUAAGGAGGCAAAUCAACGUAUAAUUGCCCUUGAAAAAUUGGUUAAAGACCUGAGUGCCCAGGUGACCAGCCAGCCAAAUUGGAACCCGGUCUUAACUGGCACCACACCUGACGCAGCACUGGCAACGAAAUACAGCGUGGCAGACGGACCGAUUACAGACUUAUAGUUUUAGCCAUCAGCCCUCGGCUCUAAACCAAAAGUCCAGCGACAGAAAAUGCGCGUAACUCACUUAUAGCAGCCAGAUCGAAAUUCACAUCGACUACACUUCACCUUUCGUUUUAAAAUUAUUUAUAACUCAAUAACGUACGCAUAACUACAAUUCUAAUACUAGAUUGUUGUUCUACUAAUUAUUUCAUCUAAAUCAUUUUUUUAGCUGAUGUUUUCGAUUCGAGCAAAACGUAUUCGUUUAUUAAAUUUAGAUCUGUUACUAAAACGUGAAUAUCGCGUUUAAUUAAUAAAUUGAAAUGUAAAACUUUA